AUGGCAUCAAGACUCGACAGAUUGGUCACUAUCCUCGAAACGGGGAGUACGAGACUAAUCCGCGACACUGCUGUCAACCAGCUUGCUGACUGGCAGAAGCAACAUCCUGAUGAGUUGUUCAAUCUUCUUUCCCGUGUUGUCCCCUACUUGAGACAUAAGGAAUGGGAGACGCGAAGGACUGCAGCUGCGGCCAUCGGCAAGAUUGUAGAAAAUGCGCCUGUCUACGACCCAAACUCCGAAGAUGCACCCACUGAGCCCAAGAAGGAGGAACCCGCUGCCGAGAAUGGCCACAUCAAGAAGGAGGAGGAAGACAAGGAGCUCGACAUCUCAGGCGACGAGGUAUUCCGGCUAGAGUCACUCAACGUUGACAUGAUUCUCAAGUACGGAAGGGAGCUGCUACGGGGUGGCGGCAUCGAGUAUGGACUUGCGGCCCUCGAACCACAAGCACGCCUAACCCACCAGAAAAAGACAUUGAACGGGCGCCUUGGCCUCUUGGGAAGGAAGUAUGAGGACGAAGAGAUCGCCUACACUGGCGGUGACAACCUGGCGGCCCCCAUGACCCCGAUGGAUGCUACGAACGGCCACAGUCGGCCAGACGGCGCCAGUGGUCAAGGCCAACCCACCGAGGAGUCCCAGCUCAGCUCUCGACAACUCAACGUCCUGAAACGAAAGCGCAAGCGAGAAGCCAUGAAGGCAUCCCAAGGCAAGGGCGGUUUCGGUGACCUCUCUGUAAGGCGCUCGUUGACAUCGGGCUCGGAACAUUUUGGAGAAGAUUCCCCAAUGCCGGAUAAUGACUCGAAAAAGAACGGCAAAAUGAAUGACUACUUCAACCUCGAGCGACCGGCGGACGUCGACGAAGACACCAAGGUAGUCAGCGAGUUCAAGGGUCCCGUCAUUCCCAUCAAGUCAGAGCUCGAGGCCGAGGACAACAUGGAGGGCGCUGAGUGGCCCUACGAGCGACUGUGCGACUUUCUCAAGGUUGAUUUAUUUGAUCCGUCUUGGGAAACUCGUCAUGGAGCUGCGAUGGGCCUACGUGAAGUUAUCCGUGUACACGGCGGUGGUGCUGGCAGAGUACGUUCCAAGUCUAGGGAGCAGAAUGAUGCUCUCAACCGCAAGUGGCUUGAUGACUUGGCCUGCCGCUUAUGCUGCGUACUUAUGCUUGACCGCUUUACGGAUUACAGUUCUGACACGUCUGUUGCUCCUAUUAGAGAGACAAUAGGACAGUCGCUUGGAUCUGCCCUUAAACACCUCUCCUCACAAUCCGUCUAUUCCACCUUCAAGAUCUUGUACAAGAUGGUGAUGCAAGACGACCUUGGCCUCGAGCGGCCGGUGUGGUCUGUGUGCCACGGCGGUAUGAUUGGCUUGAGAUAUGUCGUUGCAGUCAGGAAGGAUCUUCUCCUCCAGGACAGCGACAUGAUAGAUGGGAUCAUCAGGACUGUGAUGAAGGGGCUAGGAGACAUGGAUGACGAUGUCAGGUCUGUCAGCGCUGCUACCCUGAUCCCCAUGGCCAAGGAGUUUGUCACAUUGCGACCCGGACAGCUCGAUGGCCUUGUCAAUAUCAUCUGGGAAAGUCUGUCGAAUCUCGGAGACGACCUCAGUGCAAGCACUGGUCGUAUCAUGGACCUUCUCGCCACCCUCUGCAGCUUCCCCGAGGUGUUGGACGCUAUGAAGACUUCAGCCGCCCAAGACGAAGAGCGGUCCUUCACUCUACUCGUCCCACGCCUCUACCCAUUCCUGCGCCAUACCAUCACUUCGGUGCGUGUGGCUGUCUUGAAAGCUCUGUCAACAUUUGCCAAGCUCGAUGCAGAGACAUCACAGGGCUGGCUCAACGGGAGAAUUCUUCGGCUCAUCUUCCAAAAUAUUCUUGUCGAAAGGGACAAGGAGGCCCUCAAUAUGUCACUGGAGCUAUGGAUGGCUCUCGUCCAAAGCCUGGCCAAGAAUCCUGCUGUCCUUGCUGAUGAGUUUGCUGCUCAUAUCGACCCCAUGAUGCAGCUGACACUUCAUCCCAUUGGUGUCUCGAGGAACCCGAUACCGAUGAAUGCCACACUCUUCCAGAAGCCGUCUGGUGGCACGUACUCUAUGCCUGGUGUUGUUCAGCACACGCCUCGAAAGCCCUCAUCACCCGACGGGUCCGAUCGAGCGCCCAAACGCCGACGCAAAUCGACCAAGGUUGAUGAAGUUCCCACAACGAGCCUCACUCACGACGUUGAUGGCCAUAUGAUGCAAGGCGAUGUUGAUCUCGUCGGUGUAGACGUUCUUAUUCGGUCGCGCGUAUCAGCUGCGAAGGCCAUGGGUCUCAUCAUGUCGCUUGUUCCAGUUGCCAACUUGGAUGACUACGACGCACUCCUCAUUCCCGGACUUGGAUCGGCAUUUUCUUCGAGCCAACUCACAGCAUGCGUCAUUAUCGACGAGUAUGCCAAGAACUGUCAGACCGCCGGCGACUCGCGAUACCUCGAGAACCUCCAGCGCAUCCUUGAUUCAGAACGGCCAGCGGCAUACAGAGACUUGGUCAACUUCAUUCAACGCGUCAGGACACAGUGCCAGCAGUUGAUCCAUCUCUUCCGAGAUCACGGCAAGGUCUCUCACAGCAAACUCCCGACUCUGCCUGUCGUGGUGCAGGGAGAAGCCGAAGCCGGUCCUAAUGCCUUCUCCAUCGCAACUGCUGAGAAAUGCGUAAGCGAUGAUUACGAGAAACUGAAGAAGGCUAUGCCUCCAGGCCAACGUCUUAUUGCGAGCCAGCAGCUUUCUGAUGCUCGUGACGUGACGGUUGCGGCAAUUGAGGAGGCCAAGGCCAUCAAGACGGCUCGUGACGUUCGGAUCAAGGCCGCAGCAGCAUGCGCGAUGGUUGCUAUGAAGGUGCUCCCGAAGAAGCCCAGUCCCUUGAUCAAGGGCAUCAUGGACUCCGUCAAGACGGAGGACAACCAGCAACUCCAGACUCGCUCAGCCGACACCAUCGCUCGACUUGUCCAGCUGUUCACUGAAAAGGGCCGAAAGGGGCCAGCUGACAAGGUAGUGUCCAACCUGGUCAAGUUCUCCUGUGUCGAAGUCGCAGAGACUCCUGAAUUCCCCGUACACGCCGCUAAGACCGAUUGCGUGUUGUCGAUGCAAAAGGAGGAAGAUCGCGUUGACCAUGCAGAUGCAGCUAAAUGGGCCCGAGAAGCCAAGGCUGCUCGUAUCACGAGGCGUGGUGCGAAGGAGGCCCUUGAGAUUCUGUCGAGAACUUACGGGGCCAAGCUGCUCGAAAUUGUGCCCAGUCUCCGAACCUUCAUGGAGGAGCCCCUUGUCAGGGCUUUCUCUGAUGCUCUCCCUGCUGAAGCCAAGGAUCCUGAGCAGACGUUCGGACAGGAAAUCGUGGACGCUAUGUCUGUCAUCAGGACUAUGACGCCAACUUUGGACAAGACAUUGCACCCCUUCGUUAUGGAAUUGAUGCCCCUGGUCAUCAAGGCCCUCCACUCCGAGCUCUCCGUCUUCCGCUACAUGGCCGCCAAGUGCAUGGCUACUAUCUGCAGUGUCAUUACGGUUGAGGGUAUGACGGCACUUGUCGAGAAGGUUCUCCCGUCUAUCAACAACCCUCUCGAUCUCAACUUCCGUCAAGGCGCGAUCGAGGCCAUUUACCACCUGAUCGCUGUGAUGGGCGAUGCGAUCCUGCCUUAUGUCAUCUUCCUCAUCGUGCCAGUCCUGGGACGAAUGAGUGAUUCCGACAACGAGAUCCGUUUGAUCGCUACAACGUCGUUCGCUACGCUGGUAAAGCUUGUUCCCCUGGAAGCUGGCAUUCCCGAUCCUCCUGGCUUGUCCGAGGAACUGCUCAAGGGCAGAGAUCGUGAGAGGACCUUUAUCGCUCAGCUUCUUGAUCCAAAGAAGGUGGAGCCGUUCCAGAUUCCCGUUGCCAUCAAGGCGGAGUUACGAUCGUACCAGCAAGAAGGUGUGAAUUGGCUCAACUUCCUCAACAAAUACCAUCUCCACGGUAUUCUCUGCGAUGACAUGGGUCUCGGAAAGACUCUCCAGACUAUUUGUAUCGUCGCCAGUGACCAUCAUCAACGUGCCGAGGAGUUUGCCAAGACCAAGGCCCCGGAUGUACGAAGGUUGCCUUCUCUCAUCGUCUGCCCGCCUACGCUGUCAGGACAUUGGCAACAAGAGAUCAAGACGUAUGCACCGUUCUUGAGCGUGACCGCAUAUGUCGGCCCACCAGCGGAGAGAAAGGCUAUGAAGGAUAGACUGGGCGAGACGGACAUUGUGGUCACAUCGUACGACGUCUGUCGCAACGACUCGGACAUUCUUGAUAAGCAUAGCUGGAACUAUGUCGUUCUUGACGAAGGCCAUCUCAUCAAGAACCCCAAGGCCAAGAUCACUCAAGCGGUCAAGAGGCUGGCCAGUAACCACCGUCUCAUCCUUACUGGCACACCCAUUCAGAACAACGUCCUGGAGCUGUGGUCUCUGUUUGACUUCUUGAUGCCGGGCUUCUUGGGUGCUGAGAAGGUCUUCCUGGAUCGGUUCGCAAAGCCGAUCGCAGCAAGUCGAUUUAGCAAGGCUUCGUCCAAGGAGCAAGAGGCGGGAGCUCUCGCAAUCGAGGCACUUCACAAGCAGGUGCUUCCAUUCCUGCUGCGUCGUCUCAAGGAAGAAGUGUUGAACGACCUCCCACCCAAGAUCUUGCAGAACUACUACUGCGACCUGAGCGACCUGCAGAAGAAGCUCUUUGAGGACUUUACCAGGAAGCAGGGCAAGAAGAUCCAGGCAGAGGCUGGUCGGGAGGACAAGGAAGCGAAGCAGCAUAUCUUCCAGGCGCUACAGUACAUGCGCAAGUUGUGCAACUCCCCUGCCAUGGUCAUGAAGCCAGGAACCGCCUUCUACGAUGACACGCAAAGAAUCCUGAAUAAGAAGGGCACAUCGAUCGAAGAUACCCAGCAUGCACCCAAGUUGACUGCCUUGAGAGACCUUUUGGUAGACUGCGGCAUUGGUGUCGAGGGUAAUGAAUCCAAUGACCCUCUGUAUCAACCCAUCAAACCCCAUCGAGCACUCAUCUUCUGUCAGAUGAAGGAGAUGCUUGACAUGGUGCAGAACAAGGUCUUGAAGGAGCUGCUUCCUUCAGUGUCACACCUGCGACUCGAUGGCUCAGUCGAGGCGAACAAGAGACAGGAUAUCGUCAACAAGUUCAAUAGCGACCCGUCAUAUGAUGUCCUCUUAUUGACGACAAGCGUGGGUGGUCUUGGUCUCAACCUGACAGGAGCCGACACUGUCAUUUUUGUCGAGCAUGAUUGGAACCCGCAAAAGGACCUGCAGGCCAUGGACCGAGCGCAUCGCAUCGGUCAGAAGAAGGUGGUUAACGUGUACCGACUUAUCACGCGCGGAACCCUUGAGGAGAAGAUUCUGAACCUCCAGCGAUUCAAGAUCGAUGUGGCAUCGACAGUUGUCAACCAACAGAAUGCGGGUCUCUCAACAAUGGACACAGACCAGAUCCUGGACCUGUUCAAUGUGGGCGAUGCUGCACCGAACCUCAUAGCGGACAAGGAAAAGAACAACAUGGAAGGAAGGGAAGAAGACAUGGUGGAUAUCGAAACGGGCGAUGUGCGCGCGCCUGGAAAGAAGGCAUGGCUGGACGAUCUAGGGGAGCUAUGGGACAACAAGCAGUACGAGGAGAGCUUCGACUUGGACGACUUUAUGAAGACCAUGUCGGUUGAUCCCGGAGAAUGGAAUCCCACAUCGCUAUACAAGAUCUGA